AUGGCACUACGAGUCCCCUUCUUGCCACUCAUCUUCUUUACAGUUAUUUGCAUCGCUUUAGUUCCAGACAAACUUCCCCUAUCGGCCCAAUCCCUCUCCUGCCGUUGCUAUCCAGGAGACCAAUGCUGGCCCACCCCUGAAGAAUGGGAAGCUCUCAAUGCAACCCUAUUUGGCAACCUCAUUCCAAUUAUUCCCAUUGGCAGUGUCUGCCACACAGACAAUCCCUUCACCAAGUACAACCCCGAGGCAUGCUCGGAUCUUAUUGCCCAUUGGCCUAUUCCAGUAACCCACUAUAAUACUCCCUCAUCGCCAAUGGCAGCCUGGUUCACCAACUUCUCCUGUUCCCCAUUCACCGCACCAAGCGCCCCCUGCACACCCGACCCAUUCGUCCGCUAUGCCGCAAACAUAACUUCAGCUACAGACGUGCAGAAUGUCAUCUACUUCGCUCACACGCACAAUAUUCGCCUUGUCAUCCGUAACACCGGCCAUGACUACUUAGGUAAAUCCACCGGGCCCGGUGCUAUCGCUUUGUGGACGCAUCACCUCAAAUCCAUCGCCUACGAGGCCAGAUACGAAUCAUCCUGGUAUACCGGUCCAGCUUUACGCCUCGGCGCAGGGGUACAAGGUUUUGAGGGUCAAAAUGCGGCUCAUGCGUUAGGGUAUGUUAUUGUAACGGGGCAGUGUCCUGACAUCGGACUUGCAGGGGGGUACUCACAGGGCGGCGGACACGGAGAACUAGCGUCGCGAUUUGGGCUGGCAGCGGACCAGGUCCUCGAAUGGGAGGUUGUCACUGCUGCAGGGAAACAUCUGACUGUAUCACCUGAGCAAAAUGCAGAUCUGUACUGGGCUCUUAGCGGUGGUGGUGGGGGGACGUUUGCUGUCGUGCUCGGCAUGACUGUCAGAUUGUAUCCUGAAGAGAGGACUGCGUCAGGCGUUGUAGAGUUUACCAGCCCGACGGGACUAUCGGACUUCUGGGCUGUUAUUCGGACGUUUCUCGUUGAUACACUUCCACUACUUGAUGCUAGUGGAACAGCUAUUUGGCUCAUAUUUCCUGAUCCGACUAUUUCAGGGGGGUUGAGGUUCAUCGCUGGGCCGAUUACGUUACCUGGGGGAGAGAGAGAAGAUCUUCAGUCAUAUCUCUCUUCAACAUUGGAAUCAUUGCAGAACCUUAACAUGACCUAUUACUACACAAUAAGGGAAUUCCCAUCAUACCACAGCCAAACCGCCUCAUCACCCGGCGUAAACAUCACCGAAUAUACCAUCGGCGGCCGACUCAUCCUCCGCUCAACCGUUGAAUCCAACACAGAUGCCCUAAUUUCCGCCUUACAGAGUAUCGCCCAACACAACACCUCCAUCUCCGGUUUAUCAUUGAACGUCUCACGGCCAAACAACAAGCAUCCCUCAAAUUCUGUCAAUCCUAUCUGGCGAGAAGCAGCAAUGAACAUUGUCAUUGGAAUACCAUUCAACUACACAGACCGUCAAACAGACCUCAACAGCCAGCGGCUCAUGACCAACGUUCUGGUCCCACAACUAGAAGCGCCUACUCCUCCUGGCGAAGACGGCGGUGCGUAUCUCAACGAGGGAGACUUCAACCAGCCGGAUUGGCAAUCUGUCUUUUACGGGGUGAAUUACGAUCGUUUGCUGGAAAUCAAGGAUACCUAUGACCCCGACCAAGUAUUCUAUGGGCGGACUGCAGUUGGGAGCGAGCGGUGGAUUGAGUAUGAGGAUGGACGGCUGUGUCGGCGGUUUGAUACUACAUCUCUGUGA